AAAUCAGCUGUGGGAAUAUUUCGGCCCCGAACCAUUUCUGGCGUGAUAAUGAAUGAAUGAAUUUUCAUAAUGCAUGAUUUAAAAAAUGUAUAAUUAGGGCGUUAAUAAUUUAUUCUAUUGCUCAGGGUGGCAAAUAUUGUGACAAUGGGAGGAAUAUGGCAUGGUAUUUUCAAAGAGUGAUGAUGAUUCUUGUAUAUUAUAUGAUUUAAUUCUAAGACAAUAUAUAACAUUAUUGGAUGAUCCUAAGAUGCUUUCUUUAGCAGAAAAUAUAAAUCAGAUUGCCACAUACAAGGAGUUUGUUAUGGGAAAUGUGUUAACAUUGGGUUUACAUUUAGUUUCUGGAUUAGUUGAUCCAGUCAAUGAUGAUAAAUUUUCAACAAAACUACAAAUUUUAUUGUCUAAUGUAGAAAAUAAUGCAAUCAAGGAUUUUCAUAGUAAUUUGAUUAACAAUGAAGAUUUGCAUAUUAAAGCUAUUAAGUUAUUGUCUAAAAAACAGUUUGUUGAAGCUAUAGAUAUUUGGAAAAAAAUUAUUGAAAAAAAUCCCAAAGAUUUAUUAGCUGUUAAAUUAUGUCAUGAUGUUUGUUUUUAUAUGUGUAACAUGGACAAAAUGAUUAAUAUUUAUAUAUUAGUCACUAAAUAUUUGGAUAGAAACCACCCUUUAUAUAGCUAUAUACUAGCCAUGUUUGCUUUCGCAAAAAUUGAAUUAUUUUGCUAUCAUGAAGCCGAAUCUUUAGCAAGAGAGAGUCUCAUUCUAAACCCUUUGAAUGCAUGGGGCACUCAUUCAUUGAUUCAUGUAUACACCAUGCAGGCAAAUAUAGAUGAUGGUAUAAAUUUCCUAGUUAACACACACUCUGAUUGGAAACAAACCCAAUUUUUGGCUUGCCAUUUAUAUUGGCACAUGGGCUUAUUAUAUCUUGAAAAGAAUGACGUAGAUACGGCAUUCGAAAUUUUCCAACGCCAAUUAAAAGUAAGAGUCAAAGAAUCUCUCGCCCUUUUCCACCUAACGGAUGCUGUAUCCUUGUUAUACAGAAUAAACCAUACAGCCAAUAUCAAUACUCGUAUAAAAUCUUGCCUUCCUUUUGAGUGGUCAUUUUUAGCGAAAGAGAUAGCCUCGAUUUUUAUAAAUUGCCAUUUCUGGCCAUUUAACGUGGCUCACAUAGGUUUAGCCUUGUCAAUGUGCCAGUCUUACGAGUCUAAAUUUCUAGAUUUUGCUGAUCAAAUGGAGAUGCAAAUCAUGAAAAAGGUUAAAAAAGAAAUAAUUAAUGGUAAUUAUUCUUCUAAUGAUCAAAAUGAAUGUUUUCGCGAGGUGAAUAUUGACAAAACUAUAAAUAUUUGUAGAAAAGAUACAGGAACAAUCGUUGAUAUCAGGGAUACGAUCCAUAAGUUUAUGGAAACUUUGGAACAACAUAAAGAGUUAUAUCCUGACGCAGAUCUCCAAACUUCUUCCAAAAUCAUAACCCUCAUGCGUUACAUGAUGUAUAUCUCAAAUUAUUCUAAUAAUUUUUAUUCAUGUGAUUCAUACAAUCAUGCAACCCAUCAAAAAUCUACAUUAUACAAAAAUGAUAUGGGUAACCGAACAAAAUGGAACAAUUUUCAGUGGCUAGGAGGCAGUUUUCCUCAGAGAGAAACAUUUAGCUUGUUUGCUAUCUAUUCCGACUUAAAUAAUGAUGAUUUGAUUGAUAUUUAUGCAAGCACAAAUCUCCAAAUACAUGAAUGAUGAAUAAUCUUGAAAUAUGAUCAAAAUCAAAAAUAUUUUAAUUUAUAAAAGAAUAAGGAUUAUUAAUAUAUUGUAUACAUUUAAUUAUAC